ACACAUAAGACACAUAACUAUUUGCAUAACAAAAGCCAAACGCAAACCAAUUCACCGCUGAGACGAAGCGCUUCCCUAAGACUCGAGUCAAACAAAUCCAUGAAUCAAAUCCCAAAUGAGACCAGAAAUACAUCGUUUGAAAGGAGUCGAUCAUUCAAAAUGCACCGAAAAAAGCACGACAUCUUUGAGCCGUCGAGCACUCUGGAGUCGACCAGUACUUCCACUUCUGAGUCCACUUCAGCCGAGAGUUAUAAAAGCAAAAGCGAUUCCAACAGAAAGCAAUCAGUUUUGAGUAAAUUCUUACGACUGGGCACUUCUGGAGGCAAUGUCUCGAAAGCCAAACCUCUGGCCUCAAAGUCAGCCAAUUUUUCGGCACAAUUCCCAGAAAUGAAUGGCGCGAUCGUUGCAUACAAUGAUACGACACAUACAAAGUCGACGGCCACUCAGACAGUGAAGUGCGGACCUGAGGACUACGCCACUGUCAUCAUAAAACAGGCCAGUCGUCACGCAUUAGCCAAAAGUGGUUCCCAAACCCAAAGCCAAAGUCAGUCUCAAAAGCAUAAUAAUAAAGACAACGACUGCAGGAAUAUUCGGUGUCAUUGUAUGGAUAGAGAGCUCACUAAUGGCACUAAUGGUAAGCAUUCUCGGGUUAAUAAGUCAUUACAGAAAUGCAAAUAUGCCAACAAAUUAGAGACACAAUCGCCGACCACUCCUAUCGCUUCCAUCACUGCCAUGAGUCCCAUGAAUGCAAUCACUGGGAUCUCUACCCCUAUUGAUGAAUGCCUGCUCUGUAAUUGCAAUCCGGAAACCCAUAAAAUUGAUUCUAAUAGACAGGACUUAACAAACAAUAAUUAUUGGUCUAAAGCUAAUCAGCAGUUUCUCAGACAAUUCAAUGGCUCGAAUGGAUUUGAUUAUAAGAAGACUAUUAAACCAAAUGAUGGAUUAAGUAGUAAUUGUGAUCACAGGACCACCACUUCACCACUUUAUAUGAGAAGUUCCAGUUUUCGCGAGCAUAAAGCCGCGGAUGAAGUGCCUGAGGAUAGAUCCAAAAGCUAUCCAAUGCAUCCGACACCGAAAUUUACUGCCAGUCCUCAUACAACAACAACUCGUUUCAACAACUCUAUGAAUCUCAUUGAAAGGCCUAAAGAUAAUAGAGAUAAUAAAAGCCAAUUAUUGAAUACACGUCUGGAUUCGCAUAAUGACUGCCAAAACAAAUUCACACAGAAUUUCCCAUCGAAUCCUCGCCAAUGCAACGAUAAUAAUAUCUAUAAUCAUAACAAUUAUUGUGUCGAUAACUCAUUGAACGUAAGGCUAGAGAUCGGGUCGACCGCCACCACUAACAUCGAGAACGGCGAUCACACCGGAGAUGAUCAUACAGAUGAUCAUACAGUGACCCAAACCACACACGCAAACGCCACCAAAAUAGUCAACUCUAUCAAUACGAAUAUUCACUCCACGGUCGCCACUGAUGACCAAAUGGAUCCCAAGCACCCGAUCCUCUCAUCGGCCACCACUGUCACCACGACUAUGACAUUACCUAAUAUUUACUCGACUAAUGACAACAAUAAUGAUAUCACUUUCGACACCAAUAUCUUGGACUGGAUUCACACGCCUGACGACGCGGCCGCUCGACUCAAAGACAUGAAACUGUGUAACGAAGACAAUCGCAGGUCUAAUCAUCUGAUGAACAAACAAAACAAUGUGUUGAGCGAUAUCAAGAUCAAUUCAGUGCCACACCUGAGUCCCAUUCGUCAGCGAGUGGCGAAAGCGAAGGCAGAGUUCUUCAACUCCGUGGGUCCUAAGACU